GCUACACCCGACUCAGUCCUUCUUGUCUUCCCGUCCGACCAACAGUGAGAGUGCUUGUGAAAAUUGAACUCUUAGUAUUAAAGUAUAAAGUUGAAAAUGUCUGCAUCACCGAUUGCAAGGCAAGCUACUCACAGCCAGGCCAUCCCGUCAAGGAGGGUGCUCAUUACGGACCCUGCGCAGAUGCCUGAUGUAUACUCAAGUACUCCGGGUGGCACUCUUUAUUCAACUACACCGGGAGGAACAAGGAUCGUCUACGAAAGAUCGUUUAUGAUGUCCCUCCGACAAUCGCCCAUAUCACAGACCCCACCGAAGUGUCCUUUACCAGCUGGCUUAAUGAAGAAUCCUGCCUCUGGUCCCCACCUGCAGACCUCGCCUGCACAGAAGACGCGCUCGAAUUCCAUAUCCUUUGACGAGUCACAGGAAACAUUCAGCAUGGAUCUCUAGUUAGGUUAAGAUAUCGAAGUAACUGGAAACUAAUGCAUUUAUUUUAGUAAGGAAAAUUAUUCUGCUAAUGCUUAUAGAAAACAUGUAAGAAGAUCAAUAUCCUGGUAGAUCUUUCUAGAUGCAAUUAAAAUUACUGUAGUAAUUUUUUCAUCGAAAUGGCGAUAGCUGGAUGGUAUGAUUAUUUGCCAUCAUUGUGGUCUGACGAUAAACAGUUAUUAUAGCCAUGGAUGCCUGCAACACUAAGGUUAUCCACAUACACGUUUCUUCAGAGUCGAAGAAACCUUAUUCAGUUUUUGAAAACCUUAGCUAAAAGGUCAUUUCACGCUCCCUGGUCAGAGAACAAUUAGUGUAUGAUUUAAACAAGGCGUCGAACGAUUUUUUGGAAGUAUUCUGGAAUGUGAAGCAACUACUUUGAAAGACUAGGGUUUAUUGUUCCAAUCUCUUUAUAGUUUCAUUGAAUUCUGAAACUUAGUUUUUCGUAAACUGCAGAAAUCUUAGACAGUUUUAAUAACAAUUAUUUUCUUAUAACUAGUUAAAAUAUCAUGAAAUAUUCUUACAUAUCCAUGUAUUAUGUAAAUUAAGUAUUAUAAGUACAAGUACUUAUUCGUAGUUUUUGAGUGCAGAGGAUGUUUUAAAAAAAAACAAAUGACAAAUGUACCUACACGUAACAUUUAUGUAAAUGUUAUGUAACAAACGACAAUAAACUGAAAUAGCUGAAAAACUUAGCGAGCAUUAGUUUUCAGUGAAAUCAUAAGCCAAGAUAUUAUGUUACUUUAUUGUAAGCAAAGACUGUUGUAUUGCUAUGCUUAUUAUUCGUCUUGGCUUGUUAGUGUUAAGUAUAAAUCUAGGUUUAAAGCGUGACUGAACCGGCGUUCAAAACGCAAUACGUCCUUUGCUGUCCAUAUAAUGCAAUAUUAAAAAUAUAUAUAUACAAAAUAAAAAAAAAACACUCAUAAAAAAAUAUGUAACGAAAAUUUUUAAUGGAAUGGUUGUAACGUUGUGACUGUCAAAAAAUGGCGGCAAAGGAUUUUUAUUUGUAAAUAAUUACUUAUUGUUUUAUAGCGUUUGACGCACAGUUUUUAGGUGCUUAGUGUUUCUUUUUAGUUUUAUAAGCAAGUGCCACUUCGGUGGAAGUAAAUACUUGUUCAAUGAUUUACUUCGUGAACUGGUGUUGCUAUAAUGUACGCAAUCUCAAAUAAUAAAUAUGGCUGCGUUAUAAGAUAUUUGAGAUAUACGACGUAAUGGUCACAGAUUGUUUUCUUAAUCUACGAUUGUACUUUUCUAUUUAAAUUGAUGUGGUCUAAUAUUUUUAAUAUAAUAUAAUUAGGAUUUUACGGUGAUUAGGUAUAAUUUUUCAUAUCAGGCAACAUUAUCUGAUAUUAUCUGCCAUUUAAAAUGAUUACUUAUACACACCAGUUGCUAUCCGUGAUAGAUGAAUUUAGACACAAUUAUUAUACUUAUGACUAUUAUUAUACUGUAUAAAUAGUUAUGAUAAAUUUAAAACAGUUUAAUUAUAUUACAGAGAAGACUUAAUAAUUUGUAGAUACCUAUUUUUAAUUAUGCUAGUGCAGUAUUUUUCUACAAUUUAUUUUGUUAAAUUAUAUUAAUUCUAUGUAGUUUACCGAUUGAUAGAUUGUACCGAAUCGCUGUAUUUAUCUGAUGAAGCAUUUAAUUAAUUAUCAUUAACUCAAAGUACCUACAUUAAUGUAACUAGACUCUCUUAUCUGUAUUAGUAUUUGUUAUUUACAUAACCCAAAGACAAAUGUUUGGGUGGUUUUGCAUUAAUUUACAAUAUGUACAUUUCGAGUGUGAACAUUAUGUCAUUGUUGAUAUUAUUACUUACUAUUAUAACCACUCCGACUGCCAAUAUAUUUGAAAAUAUAAUAAAAUACAAAUGAACGAU